UUUGAUUGACCCUAUAUUGGCUUGUUUCUUUGUAAUUUGGACUCUAUUUUGAGCAAAAGAACAAAAUACAAACCAAAACAACAAACAAACCAAAAGUGAGUAAAAGAAGUACCAUUGUGUGUCAAAACAAAAUUAAACUAGAGAAUUCAGAAACAAACUAGAUAUAAUUUAGCAGGAAUGAGAAGACACAAGUUUUCAAUUUUGGAGCCUAAUCUUUUUAACUCAAAUGAAAGCUCAACAUCCAUUAUCUCUAUUUUGCUUUUCCUUUUACAAAACAAAGAAAGAACAUCAAGGUACAGACGGUUCAGGUGAAGUAAUUCCUUCUAGGCCUGUAUGGAUGAAUGUUUGCCAGUUUAAAGUAAUAAUUGAAUAUAGUUAAAAGAAAAGCAACCCCAUGUGAAGGGAAUGCGCGCACGACACGUUCAGAGACGACGACUCCAUAGGUCAUCGUGCUAUCCAGCAGGCGUGAAUGGUGGGAACUGGGCACAACGACGUCGUAGCCAGUUGUUCCGAUCAUCGCCACCUAGUCAAAAAGAACCGAAUGCCUCAGAUAUCGACAACUCACUCCCAUUCCUGUAACCAACUCUCCUCUUCUUCGUAGUUUGCCGUUACAGUCCCUCACUUUUCACGAACCGUCUCCCUCAACCCAAAGCUUCUCUCUCUCGAACACCCAUCUUUGAUCUUUGAUCAAUCAAAAUUUCCAGGAUGAUUCACACCAAAUCGGAAUCAGACGUGACGAGCCUCGAUUUAUCUUCUCCUCGGUCUCCAAAACGCCCCGUUUACUACGUGCAGAGCCCAUCCCGUGAUUCCCACGAUGAAGAUAAGUCUUCUUCCGUGCAGGCCACCCCAAUCUCCAACAGUCCCAUGGACUCCCCCUCCCACCCUUCCUACAGCCGCCAUUCCAGGACCUCCUCCGCCAGCAGAGUCUCCGGUACUUUCCGAUCUCCCUCCUCAGGUAGGAAGGGGAGCAAUAAGAGGAGUCUUGAGAAAGGAUGGCGUGAAUGCAAUGUAAUUGAAGAAGAAGGGGACUACGAUGAAUUCUAUAGAGAUCAAGGGUUCAGUAGGAGGUGUCAGGUUUUUCUAGGGAUGGCUGGGUUUGUGGCUCUAUUUACUCUGUUUUGCUUCAUCCUAUGGUGUGCUAGUACACCUUACAAAGCCAAAAUUGCUGUCAAGAGCUUGAAUGUACAUAACUUCUAUUAUGGUGAAGGAUCGGACUACACUGGGGUGCCAACCAAAAUGUUGACAAUGAAUUGUUCAGUGAGAAUGAAUGUGUAUAAUCCUGCCACUUUCUUUGGCAUUCAUGUCAGAUCCCCUGGUAUCAGGCUUAUGUAUUCAAAGAUUACCAUUGCAACUGGUCAGUUGAAGAAAUACUAUCAACCAAGAAAGAGUCGCAGGGCUGUGUCUGUAAACCUUCAAGGAAAUAAGAUUCCUUUGUAUGGAGCAGGAGCAAGCUUGGCAGGACUAGAUAACAAUGGUGGAGUUCCAAUGACAUUGGUGUUUCAAGUCCAAUCGCGGGGGAAUGUGGUAGGGAAAUUGGUGAAGUCAAGGCAUCAAAGGCAUAUCUCUUGUGACUUGGUCAUUGAUUCUCGAAGCAACAAACCCAUCAACUUUAGGAAGGAAUCAUGUAAAUAUCAUUGAAUCGAUAAUGUGAGAAGAAAUAACGAUGGUUUAAGGA